AUGGACAAGAUUGUCUAUUCCAAGAUUUUGUGGGGCAUUCCUAAUGCAAGUAAUGUUGAGGAUUGGUUCUGUAAUCGCCCCCUUAGAGUUGAUUUCGUUCAUUUUUGGGAUUUAGAGAAUGAGGAUUCCACUAAUGGAGAUGGGUUUCCUACAGUUGUGUCUUUUGACAAGGAGAUGGGGGAAGAUAUAAUUUCGGGGCAACUGAUGGACAAUUUCAAGCUUAGCUGGAUUGUGAUUAACAGGAGAACAGGGGAAGCUGGUAAUCUUUCAAGCUGGAGACCUCUGAAUGUGCAGAUGUAUUCUGAUGCAGAUUUUUUAAUGCGGUUUGGCUCCUUAUUUCCUGCUCAAAAUAUAUUACCUUGCAAGGAUGUUAAAGGUAUCCUUUCCAUAAGUAUUAGACUGUCAGAUGAUCAUGGGGAUAUGAAGAUUUCUGAACUUAGCAUUCAGUUGGAGGACAUGAUGGGAGCUCGUGUUAAUGGGAGGAACAGUCUGCUUAUACUAGAAAGAGCUCUAAGUUGUAGGAAAAGUAAGGAGCAUCAUCGGAUUUUCCAAUCAUAUCAGAAAUACUUGAGCCACCAGAGGAAAAUGAAAGAAGCAAUGUUGAGGAAAGAAGGCGUUCUAGACACCCUCUAUAUUUUAAGUGGCAUUGUUUCAUUUGUUUCAUUUUGCUGUUUGAUUUACAGAAUGACCGGCCAACACAAUCUUUCCUCGGUGCGAAGACUAUCGGCAAAGGGAAGCUUGAGACAAUUUGCCGUCGGGAAUUAUUAA